AUGAAGGUCAUCAACUACCUGGGCAAGAAGAAACAGUGGCAUGACCUCGUCCGUCUGGUCAGUUCGAUAGGAUCCACAUUCUACCUGGGCACGGACCCGCUCGUCGAUUCGAAGCCCGAUGAACCAGAAGAAACAUACCUCUUUUGGACCGAAAUGAAACGUUCCAAAAGCCUGACCGCUUUGACUAUGGACACGGACCCUCAUUUCCACUCGGUCUCGACGGGUUUCAUAACCUCACCCAUGAGCUGA